AUGGACAAUGAGCAGCCACAUCAGGAACUGGUCAAGUGCGUGGUCGUCGGCGAUACGGCAGUUGGAAAGACCAGGCUGAUCUGCGCGAGGGCCUGCAACAAACACGUGUCGCUGUCACAACUCUUGACGACCCACGUGCCCACCGUCUGGGCCAUCGACCAGUAUAGAAUUUACAAGGACGUUUUAGAACGCUCUUGGGAGGUGGUCGACAACGUGAAUGUUUCCCUGCGACUUUGGGACACGUUUGGCGACCACGAGAAGGAUCGACGUUUCGCGUACGGCAGAUCGGACGUCGUGCUACUAUGUUUCUCCAUAACAAAUCCUGUAUCCCUGCGGAACUGCAAGGCGAUGUGGUAUCCGGAAAUACGACGAUUCUGCCCGCAGACACCGGUGUUGUUAGUGGGCUGCAAGAACGAUCUACGUUACAUGUACCGAGAUGAGACGUAUCUGAGCUAUUUCCGUGACCGGAGUCCGUUCGUGAGGGCCACGAGGAAGAGCGAUCUGGUAAUGCCUGAUCAAGCUCGAGCUGUUGCACGUGAACUUGGUGUUUGCUACUACGAGACCAGCGUCUUCACGUAUUACGGUGUUAACGAAGUUUUCGAGAACUCGAUACGCGCUGCCUUAAUCGCGCGACGCCAGCAACGAUUCUGGAUGACGAACUUGAAGAGAGUGCAGAGGCCUCUGCUUCAGGCACCGUUUUGCCCACCAAAACCUGUCCCGCCGGAAGUGUGUCUGGCGGCGAGCACCUACGAGGAGAACAUGAAAACGUUGUGGACGAAGCCAGUUCACACGGACGUAACUCUGAUAGCCGGGAACUGCACGUUCUCCGCGCAUAGGUGUCUUUUAGCCGCUGCAUCGCCCGCGUUUCAUCGACUAUUCUCCAUGGAACUCGUUCAAGAACAGACACCUCGAAGCUCCAGCGAAUCCAGCAUGGAUUGUUUACAAUUCUGAACGAUUCCUACAGCUUUACAAAAUUGCAACAACAAUACCCGUUGUGUUACAGGGUUUGGGAACAACUGAAGCGACGUUCGAGCUUUCAAGUACUGCCCACGAUGGAGAAUCAAAAGAAACCGCCUGGAACUACCAGAGAUCUCAAUCAUCCUGCCUUCCAGAACAUCCGUGUAUGCUUGGUAAGCUUUGUGAAAGAUCUGAAAACAAUAACAACAACAACAAUAAUAAUAAUGAUAAUAAUAAUAAUAAUGAUGAUGAUAGUGAUAAUGAUAAUGAUGAUAAUAAUGAUGAUAUUGAUAAUGAUAAUAAUGAUGAUAAUAAUGAUAAUGAUAACAAUGAUGAUGAUAAUGAUAAUGAUAAUAAUGAUGAUAAUAAUAAUGAUAGUGAUAGUGAUAAUGAUAAUGAUGAUGAUAAUUAUGAUAAUAAUGAUGAUAAUGAUGAUUAUAAUAAUGAUAACAAUGAUGAUGAUGAUGAUAAUGAUGAUAAUAAUAAUGAUAGUGAU